AUGGCUGCAAGUGGUGGGCAAGAAAAUGCACGAUGGAUUACAACAGUAAUUGUGAGUUCAUCUCUUCAGGGUCAUGAAAUUUCAAUGUCCCUACAAAAUCAGCAACACCGGGUUCGAUAUUCAGAUACAGUGGAAAAUGGAUCAAUUAUUUUCUCUCUUUCUGGAGUUGCAUUUUUGUUAGCCGAUGCUCAAGUCUUCUUUUUUGCAGAGAGAGAACUUUUCUUUGAAAGAAUAAAGAAGUUCAUGGACAUUCACAGGAAUGGAUUUUUGCUUUUGUCAGCUGCCCGUCAUGGACCAAAGGAAUGGGAUGCGAUGUUCAGAGUUCAGCAGAGAUUUCUAGGCAGCAAUUUACGAAUAAUCCCAGUUCACAAUUCUGCUGAAGCUAUUAAACUCAUGCUAACUAUAGCAAAGACCACUUCAAAACCACACCUGGAGAACAUUCGCUACAGAAUGCUAAUGGCAAAGAUGCAGAUUGUAGAACAAAGCCAUGUUUGGAAAAUGCUUCAUCAGAGUCAACUAGAUUAUAGUUUAGCAAACACUACUUAA